CCGCGGCUCUCCUGAAUGCCCCGUAACAAUGGCGACACACCUUCCCGCGGGCCUCUCCCCCGAUGCCGUUGACGUGGUAACUGAGCUGUCCUCAAUCAUCACGCGCCUGCGCGCCGCACAGCAAUCAAGCUCGCCCAGCGGUGCCAAUGCGACAGGCGCGACAGCAGCUUCCGCCGGCGGCGGCGGCAAUAAGCCACAAGGCGGCGUAACCGGCACGACACCUCUCCCAACCUCGGUCCCGACCCCGAACCCCUCAUCAUCCAACAAUAUCAUAACCAACAGCAACACCGCCAACGCCGCCAACGCCGCCGCCGCCGCAUCGUCAUCAACAGCAGGAGCAGCAAACCCGAACCCGAACCCGAACCAACAGAGUACUACCACCGGGUCCGGCCCAGGGUCCGGCGACAAGGAACUGCUCUCCGUCAAAGACCUCCCCUUCGCGACAGACAACCUCAAGCACAAGCUCCAGCGGGCGCGGGCUGCGGUGCGCAUGCUGGGGGGCGUGCGGCGGGCGCUGGCGCAGCAGGAGGCCGAGGCGCGGGCGCUGGAAGAGCGGCGGGCGAACCAGGCAGCGCGGCUGGCGCGCACGCAGGAGGACGGGCUGCUCUUCGUCAAGGCCAAGAGGGAGGAGAGCGAGGGGGUCGUUGUCAUGGGGGAUGUGGACGUCGACGAUGGCGGUCGCGGCGCUGGUAAGGAGGGGGAUGGGAAUGGGCAGGCCGGAGCGGGGGAGAGGAUGGUUGAGUGA